UCAGCGCGAGGUCCCUACUGCAACAGAGAAACCGGUUAAAUCGAACCAGUGGGGUAACUGGUAUAAAAUGGCGCUGUCUCAAGGAACAAAGAGAAAAGUUUGCUAUUACUAUGAUGGUGAUGUGGGAAACUACUACUAUGGCCAAGGCCAUCCCAUGAAACCCCACAGGAUUCGUAUGACACACAACCUCCUCCUCAAUUAUGGACUGUACAGAAAAAUGGAGAUCUAUAGACCCCACAAAGCCAGCGGAGAAGAGAUGACAAAGUACCACAGUGAUGACUACAUCAAGUUUCUGAGGUCCAUCCGUCCAGACAACAUGUCUGAGUACAGCAAACAAAUGCAGAGAUUUAAUGUCGGAGAGGACUGUCCAGUGUUUGAUGGUCUGUUUGAGUUUUGCCAGCUCUCAACAGGCGGCUCUGUGGCUGGAGCAGUGAAGCUGAACAAGCAGCAGACAGACAUCGCCAUCAACUGGGCCGGUGGCCUCCAUCACGCCAAGAAAUCAGAGGCUUCUGGGUUCUGUUACGUCAACGACAUCGUCCUGGCCAUCCUGGAACUGCUGAAAUACCACCAGAGAGUGUUAUACAUAGAUAUUGAUAUCCAUCAUGGUGACGGAGUAGAGGAGGCUUUUUACACCACAGACAGGGUCAUGACUGUUUCUUUCCACAAGUAUGGGGAGUACUUCCCUGGCACCGGAGAUCUGAGGGACAUUGGAGCAGGAAAAGGCAAGUACUACGCAGUUAACUAUCCUCUCAGAGACGGCAUUGACGAUGAGUCCUAUGAAGCCAUCUUCAAGCCUAUCAUGGCUAAAGUCAUGGAGAUGUACCAGCCGAGCGCUGUGGUUCUGCAGUGCGGAGCAGAUUCUCUCUCUGGAGACAGGCUGGGCUGCUUCAACCUCACCAUCAAAGGCCACGCUAAGUGUGUCGAGUACAUAAAAGGUUUCAACCUCCCUCUACUGAUGCUGGGCGGAGGAGGCUACACCAUUCGAAACGUAGCCCGUUGCUGGACGUAUGAAACUGCCGUCGCUCUGGACUCCUCCAUCCCAAAUGAGCUCCCGUACAAUGAUUACUUCGAGUACUUUGGGCCCGAUUUCAAGCUGCACAUCAGCCCCUCCAACAUGACCAACCAGAACACCAAUGAGUACCUGGAGAAGAUUAAACAAAGGCUCUUUGAAAACCUCCGGAUGCUGCCUCACGCGCCCGGUGUCCAGAUGCAGGCGAUCCCUGAAGAUGCUCCUCACCCAGACAGCGGAGAUGAGGAUGAGGAAGACCCUGAUAAACGUGUCUCCAUUCGAGCUCAUGAUAAGAGGAUAGCCUGUGAAGAGGAGUUCUCAGACUCCGAGGAUGAGGUGGAGGGGCAGGGUGGAGGCCGCAGGAAUGCAGCCAACCACAAAAAGACAAAACGUGUGAAGAAGGAGGAAGAGAAGGAAGGAGAAGAAAAGAAAGAAGUGAAAGAAGAGGAAAAAGAAGAGGAGAAGAUGGACACGUCAGGACCAAAAGAGGAGGUGAAGACGACUUGAAGUUUUGGACAAAUGGAUUUACUGUUAUUUUCAAGCCCUACAGAUUCCUGUGUUCUCUUACUGCAACAAUAGGACCCUUUUUUAUUUUUAAAUUCCUUUUUUUAUAAUAUUUUAAAGGCAGUUCUCCUUUACACUCCAUUUCCCAGUUUAGAAGUGAACGGGGCUUAAAACUAUACAUCAGUAUUAGAUGAUUGGAUGUUGGUGUAAAGAAAAGCUCCGAAUGAGCUGCAAGGUGAACCAAGUCUGCCGUAAUCAGGAUCCAGCCGAAGUGUUGCUGUAUGGAGCUGCAGAUGGUCACCGGGGCUCACAUGCAAAAGGCUUCCCUGUUAAGCUCUUUUUCUAAGAACAUCUAGUUAUGAGUUUUUAGGCAAACACACAUUUGCCCUGCUGUGAAUUCAUCAGUGAACGCAUGUUUAAAUGAUGUUGCCUUUAGCAUGUAUAUAUUUUUUCCACCGCCAACUGUCCCCAAAUCCUGCUCUAAGUUAUUUAAAAUCAUGAAUAUAUUUGGUCCCUUUAGCUCAUUAUCUUUAGAAUACGUUUUCCCUCUUGUUUGUAUGUUCAUGUAUGAAUGUGAAAACCUCCAGAGGCUGAUGUUGAAUGAACUUCUUUUAGGUAUCGUAUCAUUAAACAUGAAGGUAGAGAAAAGCCAGAGCACGGCUUUCGACAUGUGCUUGUUUGGAAUUCUGUCCUUGUGAAAUGUGCAUUAUUGUGACUUUGGUAUACAAAAAAUAAAAGACAAAUUAUCUA